UUUUCCAAUUCGCAAAUUAAUCGCUAGUCGUCUUCGGUAUCAGUAUUCAUACGAUAAAAGAAGCACUGAUAACGCAUUUUGCUUUGGCCAGUCACGUUACUCCAAGACACGCUAUGGUCAAAGGAGUUUAAAAUCAGGCGCUAAAGUGUCAAGACCGUCAAGUUGCGACGACCGCCAGUGCCUUCCAAGUUCAAUCUUAGACAAUUGUUAGGGGUGAAAUUGAAAUUGUGGACAUUCUGAACUAAUGAAAAUUCUUCAAUUAGCUCAUACGUGCAGCAUAGUAUCUUGGAUGCAUAGUAUGCUUGAUUGAACAGUUCCUGAAGUGUUCUCAUUGCGCAGAAGAGAGUGUGUGGAAUAAGUGCAAUGUCCAGCUCUGGUAGUAAACUGCGAUCGGCCAGGGCCGUUUGGUGCGCGGGUGCAAGUAGCCCGGAGGACAGUUCCGAGAAUAAAGCAAGACGUUUCAGGCUGAAACAUUCUUGCAGCAACUUGACUCUUACCAAUUGUCAAAAUGGUAGCUACAUAGUGCCAAAAUUAAGUGCGUGGCCAAAACGCUCAAACCACAGGAUUUAAUCUAAUCUGGGUCAAUGUUCAAUUCGUGAACUGAACAUUAUCUAAUCACAAAAGUGUUGGAUUUUUUAUACAUAGGGGUUUUGUGAUUAAUUCGAAGACAGCUGGACACUUUUCAGAUUCGCCAUGGGUCUAUGCUGUGACAGUGGCACGAUGCUUAAAAACGUUCUCGAUACUCGGUAUUGUGGAAUCGAAAUACAGGGGUGGGGUACACUUUCUUGCACACAAAACGUCAGCGGUUUUGUCAUAACCGAGAGAAUGUGCUUCAGCCGUGGAUGUAAGUUUCGCAGUCUGGAAGUUAAAAAUGUUGACGAUACUCGGAAAUUUGGAAUUGAAAUUCAUGAUUACGGUAAACAUUCUCAGACAUCAAAUGUCAAAUCGCUUUGACAAAUAGAGCAAAUCUAUCGUAUUCAUAGAUUCAAGUCCCGCAGUUCUGGAUAUCGUCCACGUUUUCAAGCAACGUGUCGUCGUCAUGGGAUUGAUUGAAAAAGAAUCGUAUGAACAUCCACUGUGUUCGGGAUGAGUCCCAAAAACUUUUUAAGACAUACAUAGUCCAUAUGCUACGGUAGAGACGAUUCAGAUUAGAUUACACCCUAACGAGAAGAGUCCGUAAUGGCUAGCACCUGAUAUGUAGCCAGUUUCCUAAACACGAUCUAAAUGGGACCGGUCGAAGCGAUUGUCAAAUAUAACAUGAAAUUGUGCUUUCCAAUGGAAUUUCUACCAACAGUUCGCCACACUGUACUGAUAACAGAAUAGGACACUCUUAAAAUAAAGUAAAGUAGUCGAAUGUAUCUCUGGGCACAGGAAUCCCUUUUCGAUCGUGUUUGGGAAAAUGGCUUAUGGUCUUAUGGUGCUUAUCUUAACACCGAUAUGUUGUCUUUUUUUCAUUCAUUUAUUUGUUUCUACACGACAUGGCGGGUAUAUCACGUUUGCCUAAGAUGCAAGCAAAACUCCGAUUUUCGGUGAAAUUUAUUUGCGGAGUUUUGCACGCGAUGUUCGCAAACGGGAAGGUUGUGCUGUCGUGAAUAAACUGAAUUAUAUAUGUUUUGUUCCCGGGACCAAUCGAACUGUACGUGAGGAGCCACAUUCAAAGACAGUUCGUUUGUUCCUGGAAGCCAAAUAGAUAAAUCAAAUGUUGGGCUUAUACAGGGCCUUGCUAUUCAUCCCAAGACAACAGCAUGUCUCUUUUACGAUUCGUAGCGAGUUAAUUUCAUAUCAGCGGCGGUAUGGUUGAAAACGUUAACGCUAUCUGGUAACGUGGAACUUAAAUGUCUGAGUACGGCACAUUUUCUAGGACACAAAGCGUCAGAACUAGCUGUUUUGACAUAUCAUGAAAACAUGCCGCAGUCAUGGAUUAGCAUGUACCGCAGUGCCGGAUAGCGUACAAGUUUUCUAGCAUCAUACCGGAGCCAUGGGAUUCACUCACGGCGAAUCAUAACAGAGCCCAACGAUCGGGGGAUGGAUUGUAAGGGUUUGUGUUUAAAAAAAAAACUGGCGCAUCUGUUUCAGAUACUGCUCAAAGAAAAAAAGCGUUGCCUCCCACAAAUGUAUUAUAGCGUUCAGAUGUUCUAUUUCUAUUCCUGAUUGACACCUUCUGCAAGUUCAACAUGGAGUCCCUUGUAAGAAAUAAUCAAACCCCAGAGGUUGUGACAACAGCAACCAUACCUCCCUCGACUGCUGCAGCACAACCGGCAAACAGUGAGGCAGCCAAAGGACGAUCCACCUUACACGGCAGCUCCUACCAUCUGCGGUUGGCGAUGAUAAUUUUGUUACGUGCCUACAAUCUGCAUCGGGAAGACAAGCUGAACCAGUUUGUAAUUAGAAUGGAAGACCCCACUGCGGGCAAAUUCGACGACGUCGUGUUUCGUUACACCUCAGCGUUAUCACCCACCGGGGGUGCCGUUUACAUCCAGGCAAAACACAAACAAAAAUCGGCCAGCGCUACACCCACCAAAGAUGCAUCAUUCAUUACCAAACGUGCACUGCUGAAGCAUUGGGACAGUAAGGCUCAGUUUUCUGUCUCGAUGUACUUUGCUUCGUACCUGGAAAUUCAUCAGCAAUCUUCGUCUGGGACGCCGCCCAAGUACAUGCUGUGCACGAACGCAAAGAUUGAUGUAAAUCUGAUGCAUUACUUCAUAUCACAGGAAUAUGAGCCUGACGAUAUAAUGUACUUCUACAAAGAUAUUGGGGCAUCCUGUUACCGCUUCAACUAUGAAAAGGUCGUCGAUUUGCUGAUCAACGAGUCGAGAAAAGCGAGUGUAGAAAAAUUGGGUCAAUUCUGGGCAAUGUACGUUAAAAAUGGCAAAGAAAUGAAAUCGAACGUUUUUCUGUUCGAUGUGUAUAGGAAGCUCAUUGCGGAAUGUGUAGAGAAGGUCAAGCGAGGAAAGUUUAAAUUCAAACCCGAGUUUAUUACGGCAAAUAGCUCAACGCCCAUGGGUAGAGUUAGUGCAACGUUCAGGAAUGAGUACGUAAAGCUGCUGUCGGACGAGAAUCAAAAUGACAGCAGUAUCAAAUGGAACGAGCUGGAAAUAUGCAUAGAGGACACGUUUAUCGACGCUAACCACCCAUCCCCGGAAGCAGGCUCGUAUUAUAAGCAGGUAGAUCACGCCUUCAAAACAUUCUGCGAACAGUUUGUGUUUGUGUGUGAAUCAUUGGAUGAAACAAUGAUGAUCGAAAAGUCGGUGGAACGAAUUCCCCUCUGGGUGCAGGAUCGGGAUGCCACCAACAGUAACUUUUUCUUUGAUAUGUUUGAGUCGAUGAAAAACAUUCCUCUCGAAUUUAAACAUUUAAAAACAAUGUUCAGCAAAAUCAAACCUAACGAGGCGGUUGACAAGCUGAUCGGUACACCAAACGAAACUGUUAACCAAUGGCAACAGGAGUACCGGAACGUUCGCAUUAAGGAGGAUCUUCUUAGGGAAAAGAUACUAUACAAAUGUAUAGAAGACAAGCCAUUCGUUGGCGUUUAUACAUUUCGCGGUUCAACAGGCAUGAAAAUGUCCUCCCUAAUCGUGGCACAAACGCUAGCACUGGCCAACUGUCCCUACCUGUUCCUGGACAGCCGGGCAACAGUGCUGAAGGAGAGAUUUCUCAAAACCCUGCACCAGGUGAUGGAGUUUAUGGCCGACGUCAAUCCCUUCAAUACCAACGUCAUAGCGAUCCUGGGUCAGUUCGAACACAAAAUCAACAAAGAAAUUAAGCUUUUGGCGAAGUUUUACCGGUUGAAAAUUAUUCUAAUAGAAAAGCUUGACGGAACCAGAACGUCAGAAGACGAGCUGUACGUCCAUCAUCUAACUGAUGACGCGAGGAAGAAGCUGUACCAGCAGCAGGCAAUCCUGUAUCCUUUCGGGACGUCAGUGGCUGUAAACGAUAUCCUGCGGGAUGAGGAUAGUUUGAGCUUCUUGGAUAAAAUUUUGACCAAAGGUGACGAAGCAGACGACAAAGAAAAUGAACGCUCCAACAUCUACCAGUUUGAAGCGCUGAAGCCGACGUACGUUUCACGCACCAUCGUGCCAUACAACACUGCACUCCCAUCAGAACUGAACGAAGACGACUUAAGCACCGACUUAAACUAUCCUCCCAAAGAGGAAGCAAUAAGUUUCGAUCAAAUUUCAUUUGUCAACAAGAAUACUCGCUCGUUGCUGAACUCGAUACUAUCAUCCGAGGAUGAGUUCGACAAGCUGCCCGAUGCGCUAAGGCAUGGCGAUGACAAGGAGAAGGUUUACAUCUUCGUCGGUGAAGCCGGUACCGGAAAGUCUGCCUACCUGACGUGGCUGUCCACCCGUUUGUCAGCCACCGACGAUUCGCUGUACGUCGUACGGGUGGAGGUUUUAAAACAUUCCGCCGCUUUCGCACAGCUAAGCAGGAGCCACCCGAACGACAUCGAUGAUAUAACCGCCUUAACGUUCCUGUACCGGCUUCUUUACGGCCUGCAGUAUGUGAUCAACAUUACAACUGAAAAUCCGGCCGGGAAUUAUUUAGAAAACGAAGAGUUAAACAGAAUCGUUCAACUGCUGUACCUUUCCGAUGGUAAGAUUCUGCUCGACGAAGAUGAGCUAAAGGCGGCCGAUCUGACCAGCGCACAGUCGCUGGAAAUUCGGCUGUUUCAAAUGAAGUUCAACGAACGCAAGCUGAUCCUCAUGCUGGAUGGGUUCGAUACGAUACACCCGUUCUAUACCGCGUUUGGGUUUAAGUGCGUCGCCAAGCUAGCGAGCCUUGAGGCCAUCCGCACGGUUUACAUCUCAACCAGACCGUACAACAUGAUGGCUGAGUUUGCCCAAUCGUUCCCCAGCAGCAGCAGCAUGUUCCGGUUCGUGCCGUUUCGCCAGCGAGAUCAACUACUGUACUGGCGGAAAUGUCUGGAUGGUGAGAUGGAGCAUUACAAACAGUGUACUGCUAGCGAUCGCAUUACAGGCAUUGCCGUUUUGUACAGCGCCAUUUUGAACGAUCUGGGAGAGCUGUACCGAUUGCCACUGUUUCUAAAAGUUUCAUCGGAAGUUGCGAUACCCCUGCUUAAGCCACAUAUCCGUUUCCUGCGGCCUACCGUGUCGAAACAAUGGUUCCUGCAAACCAAGCUGAUCAAGCUGAAACUUUUUGAGCAUUUUGUAAGCCGUAAGCUUAAAUUAUUGAACGAAGAAAAAUCCGGCUCUACAGAUUCUAUAUCGGACAAUCCCAUUCACCAGAUUAAAGCUACCGAAACGAACGCGCAAGUCAAGCGAAAGCAUGGUCUGCUGGCUAUGCACGUCCUGUUUAGUGCCGGCAUCAGGGAUAAGCUGAUGUACGCUGCGGAUCAGGAGGAAGCAGCAGAAAUCUUGCAGGAUAUAGUCGAUGGCACGGAAAAAACGGGAAUCGUUCCACGACUGGAGAACAACGUGCCAGUGUUUACGCACCGAAUACUGGCGGAGUACUUUGCGGGAUUUUGGAUGUACGAAAAUAAGGACCGUAUGAAGCAUGGGGGCAUAUUCUGGUCACGAUCGUUCUGGACGCCGCAGCUGCUUGUAAUGCGCACCUUUUUUGAUGAGAUGAUCCUGGAAGGAUCCCGGGAAGGAUGUGAGAUUCACUAUGCCGUUGUCAACAAGUCCUCCGAGCGGGUGCGUGACUUGCUGUCGAACGAUGGUACAGCUGCAUUCGUUAAAGAUGCCGGUGGCAGGCUGCCUCUUCACCUGGCAAUUUUGUACUCGAUGGAAGAUGAUUUCCUAGCAGAAAAUAUACGCUCUGGAAUCAUCAACGUAAGGGACACACUCUUUGGAUGGAGCGCAUUAGACUACGCAUUCAUUGUGGGAGUGGAAGCGACCAUACACAAACUGAUCGACUUUGGAGCAACGGUCAGUGAAAGCACACUGCUGCAGCAAAUAUGUUCCAACAAUCUAAAGGAUUUGCUGAACGAUGCACUGAACUACGGAGAAUGGCUUCAGUCGAAUCCAAAGUCCAGGAGUAUAGCAAAUAGUCUUCACAUUGGAGUGGCCAAAUAUUUACUCAAUGAACGGCCUAUUGAUAUCUUUGCUAGCCACCAUGAGCUAGAUUCUUUGUCAGUGAUUGAAUUUUGCAGUAAACACAACAUGGUGGGUGUUUUCAGGCAGUGCAUAUCGCUAAUGAACGAUCAAUCAAAGAUCAGUUCAGAAGUUUACAAGCAUUUGCUGGAGUUGGCAGUUGAGAGCAAAGCGCACCAUAUAGUUAAUUGUUUUUUGGAAGAGUGAAUUGUGUCACUUUCUCAGUUAAGUUAUUUAUUGAAAAAGGAAGUGUUUUCUCAUUAGCAUAAGGGAUAGUUUACUUAAACCUGUUAUGAACAGACUUUUCUAUGAAUUAAUUCAUUGCGUUUACUCAGAAGAGUACAGCAAACGAUAUUACAGACAAGGUUUUUAAUGUAAAAGUUCAUAAUGGAAUGGAUCACAGAUGUAAUGAGUUGGGUUGUACAUGAUAUUGUGAUAGCUAGAGUUAAAAAAAACUAUUGCAGAAACGAUUCCCAACAGAACCGUCCCCCCGUAGCAAGGACUGACUAUCUGGCUGCGUGGUAGUUAACAAGUCGUUAUAAGCCUGGAUAGAACAGUAAUGCAUAUGUUGUAAUGCCAAAAUGAAAAAGUGUGCAAAGAGACUGCAAACGAAUGAUUAAGAUUAACAUAUAUUGCGACAAUAAUGAGUAAAUUUUAUCAAAUAAAACAUGAAC